AUGGACAUCAAAACCAAACUCAAAGCUGCGAGGAUCGCCGUCCAGCCGGGAAUCACCUUCUGGAAGGCCUGGAGCCGCCCACUUACGACCUAUGGAAUCGGUGUUGCUAUCUUAGGCAUUUACUUCAUUGACUGGCGCUUGGUGGCCACAAAAAUUCCAUUUUACAGAAAAAAAUUCGACGAACCUACCAUUGAGUAG